GAAGAACUGAACACUUAUUUCCUUUGCUUUCCACACACGGAGAGAAGACUUUUCUACAGGACCAAGCCUUGAAAUACAACCAAGCAAACUCCAGCAGAGAUGGAAUUAUCUUUUUCUAUUUUCCUGUACUGGAUGAAGCUCUAAGGACUAGGCUGAGAGUAAAAUAAGAAACCCUAAACCUUAAGUGGCCAUGCCGUGCGUCCAGACCCAGUGCGGCUCCUCUCCGCAAGGUGCCAUCCCGGCCUCCCAGAGCCCCGGCAGGGAACGCAGCUGCGACUUCCUCACCCCGGAGUUCGUCAAGUUCAGCAUGGACCUCGCCAACAGCGAACUCUCGGCCGCCACGUCCACCCCCGGCUUCGGGAGUCCUUUAACGGACGCCUACGGCUCCGGCUACGACGUGAAGCCGCCGUGUCUCUUCCAGAUGCCCGUGCAGGGGGAGCUCCCGUGCGUAAAGGUGGAGGACGCGCACGGGUGUCCGCGCUACCAGCCCGCUCAGCAUCCUCCGCAUCAGUCCGACGAGCUGCUCUCCUCCCCGGGUUCAGUCUAUUAUUACCGCCCUCCGUCUCCUCACACGCCUCUUCCAUCAAACUUCCAAACCGCACCGGGACACCUAUGGGAAGACUCGGGCUCUUUGUACAAUUUUCGCCAGGACUAUCUGGCUGCGGCGCACAGGAAAAACGCACUCUCUAGGUUCUCCCUUUUUUCUCUCAAACACGCGCAGCACGGCGGUCAGACCUUGUCCACGUGCCAGAUGAAAUUUGACGGGUCGCUCCACGUGUCCAUGAACCUGGACGCGCACCAGCCGCUGGACGGUUCCGGGGUUUUGGGCUCCGCUGGGCUCGCGAAGCAGGCCGGAGUGGGGUUCCCUCACCCUCUGCAGCUCACCCACGGGCACCACUUCAUGGACUACCACCAGACUGCCUCAGCCCCCAGCCGAGGACCGCUCAGUACGGAGGGACUGUGCGCCGUGUGCGGAGAUAACGCAGCGUGCCAACACUACGGAGUGCGCACUUGCGAGGGAUGCAAGGGAUUCUUUAAGCGAACAGUGCAAAAAAAUGCAAAGUACGUGUGUUUGGCGACCAAAAGCUGCCCUGUGGACAAACGAAGAAGAAACCGAUGCCAGUACUGUCGCUUCCAGAAGUGCCUUGUGGUUGGGAUGGUCAAAGAAGUGGUGAGGACGGAUGGCCUUAAAGGUCGAAGAGGUCGCCUGCCGUCUAAACCUAAAGUUGUUCUGGACUCGACGUCUUCGCCCGUCACCACCCUCCUGAGCGCCCUCAUCAGGGCUCACAUCGAAUCCAACCCUUCACCGUCCCGCCUCGACUACUCCAAAUUCAAGGAGAGUCCUGGAAGCCCGCUUGGAGACGACGCCCAACAUGUUCGACAGUUUUACGACCUCCUGACCAGAUCCAUGGAGGUGAUUCGGGGUUGGGCGCAGAAGAUCCCGGGCUUCACCUCCCUGCCCAAACACGACCAAGACCUCCUCUUCUACUCAGCCUUUCUGGAGCUUUUUGUUCUGCGACUGGCCUACAGAUCCAACCCAGGAGAAGGGAAGCUGAUCUUCUGCGACGGCUCCGUGUGGCACCGGCUCCAGUGCCUCCGGGGCUUUGGCGAAUGGAUCGACAGCAUCGUGGAAUUCUCUGGAAACCUGCAGAGGAUGAACCUGGAUGUGUCCACCUUUUCCUGCAUCUGCACCCUGGCCCUGGUCACCGGUGAGAUGAUAAAGCGUCACGGACUGAAGGAACCCAAAAAGGUGGAGGAUCUGCAAAACAACGUGGUGAAGUGUUUAAAGGACGGUGGGAUGAACGCAGACGGAGGAGGAGGAGGAGGAGGAGGAGGAGGAGGAGGAGGAGGAGGAGGAGGCUCUUGCUGGUCCAACCACUUGUCCAGACUUUUGGAAAAGCUGCCUGAACUGCGCACCUUGUGCAUCCAGGGCCUGCAGAGGAUUUUCUACCUGAAGCUGGAGGACCUGGUGCCGCCGCCUGCAAUAAUAGAUAAGUUAUUCCUCGACACGUUGCCGUUUUAGAGUACGCAUGUGGGCGCUUUUUUUCUUCUUUGGCUUUAAUUCUAACAGACAUUACACACAGUUUCAGCACAUUUACGGUCAGUUUGGUUUAAUUAAGCGAAAACUGAUUUAUUCGACCAUUUGAUCCUAAUUAAAUGCUUUUUUCUCUUUCGUUGGAACUUCAAAACUCAAUUGGAAUCAGAAGGAUCUCAACUAAACUGGAUUUUGUUUUACAAUCAGAGCUGAACUGGCCUGCAGACUGAAACAAUGGACUGUAAGUAAAUAACAACGUGGCGACUUAUUUUACACUCAAGCCUGUACAGAUAAUCCCUACCUACCUACCUACGGUUUUGAUAAGAUUUUAGUGUCCCAUUAGGUUCUUUCUAACAUCUAUUAGUCAGAUAUAGUGAUUAUUAUCAUAAACUGUAGACUCCAUCAUGGUCUGUUGUGUUCUCAGAGUAGAUAUUUCACUGUUGUUGCCCAUGCUUUAAUAAAUAAAUGACCGUCUUCAAUGCUGGA